AAGACAGCCUGAAAAAGAGCGUGACUAUAUAAGACUGGCUUCCUGUGGUAUUAUACCCAGUCCUCCUCUUUACGUUCGAUGUGUUCAAUCAAUGCGUUACGAAUACCUUGUUAUUUUGGUUGAUUUUCCUACGGAAGCAGGCUGUAUUCUGGUUUACUGAUAAGGGAUCAAAAUAGCUCAGAAGAAUGGAGGUGGAUGAAGUUGACUCUGAUUGGUUUGCUUAUGCACGCAGAUCAGGAGAUAUUUUGUUUUAUUACAAUAUUAAGACAGGAGAACACAGAUACCCUGAAGAUCCUUCUCAAUCUGAGAACACCAUCCUCAGCCUACGAUCCUGUGAUGUGCCUUUGCGACCUGAACUGUGCAGUGUCGCCACACAGACUGAUGACUACGGCUGUGUCAAUCACUGUACGUCAAUGUAUGUGGACAAUGAACGACAAAUGGGAAAGAAAAACACUGAAAGCAAUAAGAAAAGAGAAGAAGGAUGUACUGUUAUUAUGACUGAUGGUAAUCAAAGUAGCAUAAUUACUAACUUUGUUGUUGAAGUCAACUUUGAUGAUGAUGAAGAUGGUCAAGUCCUUGCGGAGUUAGAUAACUCAGACACUAACAACGAUACAGGGCUAUCACGUGAUCCUGAGCACUUUGAUUUACAACGUCUUCGAGAAGAAAAUGAAGAUAUUAAAGAUAGCUUGAAUGGCAAAUCUGAUGAUGCCAAUGAUGAUGAUUACAAUGUGGAAGAUGACCAAUCCAAUGAUGCCAAUGAUGAAGAUUACAGUGUUGAAGAUGACCAAUCCGAUGAUGCCAAUGACAAUGAAGUUGACAACAAAGAAAGCAAGAAAAAGAAAGAGAAGAGGAAAAGAAAUGUAAAGAAGAAAGAAAAGAAACAUACUAGGAAAAAAGAUUCUCUUAAAGAAAUACACAAGUGCUCGUAUUGUGAUAAGGUGUUCUCGCGGAAAUCAAGUCUAGAUCGUCAUAUUCGAACACAUACCGGCGAAAAGCCAUUUAAAUGCUCACAUUGCAGCAAGCAAUUUGCCAUGCUAAGCAUUUUAAAUGUUCAUUUACGAAGCCACACUGGUGAAAAGCCGCAUAAAUGUUCGUAUUGUGAAAGGGCAUUCGCAUAUAAAAAUGAUCUUAACAAUCACCUUCGCACACAUACCGGUGAAAAGCCAUUUAAGUGUUUGCACUGUGAUAAGGCUUUUGCACGGCGUGGUGCACUCAUUGGUCACGUACGAAUACAUACCGGCGAAAAACCAUACAAGUGUACGCAAUGUGAAAGUGCAUUUACUACUAAAACUCACCUAGAUCGGCAUGUACGAUCACAUACGGGCGACAGGCCUUACGAAUGUACGCAUUGCAUUAAGGCAUUUUAUCAAAAAUCUGAUCUUGACGUUCAUCUCCGUACGCAUACCGGUGAAAAGCCAUAUGAGUGUUCUCAUUGUGGUAAGGCAUUUGGAUACAAGAGAGGCCUCCAUAUUCAUCUACGAACACAUAUCAGGGAAUAUAUGUCAAUGGGUUCAGGUGACCAUGUAAAGAGAGAAGAUAUAGACUCAGAUGAAACAGAGUCAGAUUGGUGUGGAUAUGCUUGUAAUUCAGGAGAGAUUAUGUUUUAUUACAACAUUAAGAGUGGAGAGCACAGAUGGCCCACAAAUUCUCCUAACUCUGAGAACACCAUACUCAGAGUACAGACCAGUGAUGUGCCUCCAAAAACAAAGAAAAUGUUCAGUGUGGCUACACAGACUGAAGACUAUGGGUGUGUCAAUCACUGUACCUCAAUGUAUGUUAACAAUGAAAAACAAAUGGAAAAUACAGAGAUCAAAAUCAUUGACAUAGAAGAUGAUGCAAGCGGUGGUGAUACAAUUGAUGCCAAUAAGCAUAACACGUUCAAUAACACUGAUGUUGACGAGAACCUUGGUGAAGUUAGUGAAGACUAUGAGAUGGAUGAAUCAUUGAGUACCAUAAUUUCUGAGAUGAAAAGUAAAAAGGAGCUUGUACAAAAUCUACAAACCCAACUCGAAAGUAAUCCCAAGACUCAUGACUGCUGUUACUGCAGUAGCACAUUUAAGUGGAAAACCUCUCUUGAACGUCAUCUACGAACACAUACCGAUAAAAAGCCAUACGACUGUUCAUAUUGUGAUAAGGCAUUUGCUACAAAAACGAAACUGAAUAUUCAUCUAAGAACACAUACCGGCGAAAAGCCAUAUGAAUGUUCAUAUUGUGAUAAAUCGUUUUCUACAACGAUGAUUCUCGUUGAACAUAUACGAACACAUACCGGUGAAAAGCCAUAUAAGUGUUUGCACUGUGAUAAGGCAUUUGCACAGAAAGGGGUUCUCAGUCGUCAUGUACGAACACAUACCGGUGAAAAGCCAUUUAAGUGUUGGUAUUGUAGUAAGACAUUUACACGAAAAACACAUCUCGAUGCCCACUUUCGGAUACAUACCGGCGACAAGCCAUAUGAAUGUUCUUAUUGUAACAAGGCAUUUGCACAGAAAUGUGUUCUUGAUCGUCAUAUAAAAACACACACCGAUAAGGGUAUUAUUUGCGCAAAAAAUUAAAGUGUAAAUCGAGGGAAAAAAUAUUUUUUCAAAAUCACUUUUACGUGAACAGUGUAGUAGCAUGAUUGUGGUAUUUUUUGUAUGUGGGAUUUUCUUUUAGG